UAUACUGAUCGUUGUGCUCGUAAUCGUCCAUUUGCUUGUGAACAACUGGAAGGCAAACACUUAGCCAUUUUCUCCCCGUAAAUUUUUUUUUUUCAUUUUCUAAUUCUACGAGAAGUUGAAAAUAUCGUGCAAUCUUUGAACUUCGUCUGGGAUGAUCUGUUAUUUGUCUGGAUAAAAAAGAAUCAGCCUGACGAAACGAAAGAAACAGAAGAAACAAAAUGGAAUUAUUAGUAUAUAAUCAGUAUAUAAGUUCUUUGGACAACAAUGUGACUGUGCUGCCAAUUAUGCCUAUUCAAUUGACGAAUACUACUGUGACAUAUCUUGAUCAUUUGAAUGAGUAUUGUCUUCUAGAAAUAUUUUCGUGCAAAUCAUUGACACUGAUGGACCUGUGUUCGAUAGCAGAGACGUGUACACGUUUCAAACAAAUAACCCAACGCGUUUGUCCAAAGGAAUUUGCCAUAAAAUGGUGGUUGCCACCAAAAAAAUGGCGUAAUCUGCCACAAAAAUACGAAUUCAAAUCGAAAAACUAUCAGCACCUAUAUACUUUACAAGAGAUCGAACGAAUUGUAAAGAAUUUUGGAGCACAUCUUUCGGAACUAAAAAUACACGACCAGCUGGAUGUUGUGAGAUGGGUUGCAGAACAUUGUGGGAACUCAACGUUAAAGUGUCUCAAAUUUGAAAUUGAUGGUGUCUGCAUCCAUAUGAAUUGGAUAUUUCAUUGGCUCCCCAGUCUGGGAAGACUUACUCUAAAGGAUUGUGAACUGCUGAAGGAUGUUUCAUCCCCAGACUUAAAUUUCGAUUCACUGAUCGAAUUAAAAAUCGACAGUUCAAGUGGUUGCGUUACAUUGCUGAAACACACUUUCCCAAACUUGGAACGAUUCACGUGGUCACGGUCCUAUAUGUACACCAGUGACAGCAACAACAAUUGUGACGUUUUGUAUAAGUUUAUCAGACGCCAUGGAAACCUAAAAGGUAUUGCCGUCUCUGAUUAUUCAGUUAGCAGUAUCGGGCUUUUCCAUGUGAUCGACAGUAGUUGCAAGGAAUUGGUGGAAUUAUCUAUAGGAUACUUGAUGAGUUCUAAGCUUUGGUUCGACUUUACCACUCUGGGAAUUGUGGCAAAAUUAAAGACGUUGGACCUUAAUUUAGGAUUUGAAAAGUACUGUCCGUACAUGCAACUUUUACAGGCGUUACAGUCGGUACAAACGAUUAAAAUUUGGUGUAUAAGCAAUGCCGUAGUGUCCCGACAAAUUUUUGAUAUUCUAUCAAAAUUGCGUAAUUUGCGUGAAUUAUAUUUGUCAAGUUGUGUCCUCAAUUGGAUUCCAUGGGAAAUAUUAACACAAUUGAGGAAAGUGUGUUUACCUUAUUUCGUUGACCGUGAUAACCUUCUCAACAUAAUAAGACAUCUGAUAAAUUUGGAAGAGAUUGAAUGUCAAUUUGAUUGGUCAGAGUCAGAGAUUGUUUAUUAUUUGAGCGAAGAAUACUUUUUGGAAAUUGUUAAAAUAGUUGAACAAAGGAAACAUGUAUUGACAAUAAAAUCACGCUGUAAUUUUGUAUUUGAUAAAAACUGUGACAAAAACCGAAAAGUGAAAUUAAUAAAAUUGAACCAAUAAUUCGAAUCUGAACAU